CUUUUCAUGAUCAAGAUAAAGCCUAUAACCUUUCCAUCCAUCUCCCUUCUUAUCAUACUCUCUAUAUACUACCUUACACUCAUCCCCUUCACUUAGACUCUUGUCUCCUAUCAAAACACAAUUGAUCCUCCAACCAUCUUCAAAAAAAAAAGAAGAAAAAGAUUUCAGAAAAUCCUUUUUCCCAAUUGGAAACUUUCAAAGAAAAAAAAUCUCCAAAUUUUCUGACAUGGGAAGACCACCUUGUUGUGAAAAAAUUGGUGUGAAAAAAGGUCCAUGGACUCCUGAAGAAGAUAUCAUCCUUGUUUCUUACAUUCAAGAACAUGGCCCUGGAAACUGGAGAGCUGUUCCUUCUAACACAGGAUUGCUCCGGUGCAGCAAGAGCUGCCGUCUCCGGUGGACGAACUAUCUCCGGCCGGGAAUCAAGCGCGGUAAUUUCAACGAGCACGAAGAGAAAAUGAUCAUCCACCUCCAAGCCCUUCUCGGCAACCGAUGGGCGGCUAUAGCCUCGUAUCUACCGCAGAGAACAGACAACGACAUCAAGAACUACUGGAACACGCAUCUCAGGAAGAAGCUCGGGAUCCAAGGGCACGAUCACGACGGUAAAGAAAAUGGCGGCCCCACCGCGGAUUCGGUUUCGAAGGGAAAGUGGGAGAGGAGGCUCCAAACAGAUAUUCACAUGGCCAAACAGGCCUUAUGCGAGGCUCUCUCUCUACACAAAUCCGACACCACCUCCCUCUUCCCGGCGCCUGCGCCGCCUGCGCCGUCUACCUACGCUUCGAGCGCCGAAAACAUCGCUCGGUUGCUCCAAAAUUGGAUGAAAAAGAGCCCUAAAACGGCGGGUUCGUGCGACAGCAGCGAUCAGAACGCCUCGGUCGGGCUCAGCUCGAGCCCGAGCGAGGGGGCGACCUUCGCCGGCCGCGGCGGCUUCAAUUGCUCGAAUUCAGACAUCUCGGUGGAGACGGAAAUGCCCUUCGGCUUGCUGGAGAAGUGGCUGUUUGAUGACACGGCGGCGCAGGGCCAGGAUGGUAAUUUCAUGGAGAUGGCCUUGAGUGAAACUGCUGAUUUGUUUUGAGGAAAAAUUAUAGAUAUGUGCACUAAGCUUCAAAACAACUCAGCAGUUUUUCAUAAGGUGUUAUUAGUAAUUAUGAUAUCUACUUUGGGCGGAUUUUAAUUUGUAGUGUCAGUUUCAAACUCUUUGUGAUAUGUCAGGAAAAAAGAGCUAAAAAGUGUAAAUUAUAGUAUUGUACUGUAGUUUCAUAGUCAUCUAGGAAUAAGCUCCCCAUCUCUCUUCCUCACUUUUAUUGUGGAGCAAAAAGUGUUUGUACAGUGUGCAUCAUCUGGUGUACAUUCCUGAUAUAUGAGAAUUAGAGUUCUAACUUCUUAGAGUAUCCACAAUGGCGCCCGUCUCGGCGGACGUCCGGCCGGCGUGCCAGAGUUCCAAGCGGGACG